AUGUUUGUGUGUCAGCUCUCGGGCAGCGUGCCGGCGGAGCCGGUUGUGACUCCUGAGGGUCAUGUGUAUGAGAAACGAAUUAUAAGUCUACAUCUGGAAAAGAGUCAGGUCGAUCCAAUUAGCGGGAAACCGCUGAGUCUGAAGGACGUCGUUGAGGUAAAGUGUCCGCCGAUAAAUAAGCCAUCAAGCGCGGUGGCGCUGGGCGACUUCCAGAGUGUGCUGCAACAUCUGCAAACGAGAUACGACUCGGUCUUGUUGGAGUUGCACCAGACGCGUCGCGAGCGAGACGAAGCGCGGCACCAGGUGACUACCUUGAUGUACUAUAGAGACGCUGCGACCAAGGUAGCGGCGAAACAGCUGCAAGAGAUCGAGUUUCUCAAAAGCCAGCUGGAGGCACUCCGGACCGCGCCGGAGGGCGAACGGCCGCACAAACUGCAAAGGACAGCACAGGAUGAGAACAGCUACCAAGACGACGUGACCAACCUGGCGAAGCGGCUGCUUAUAGCGCGGAAACAGCGGUCGGUCUCGGCCAGAAGUCACGAGAUGAUGUCUAGCUAUAAGUCCGAGGAAGCACCCUAUAAAGUGGCAGCUUGUGCUUCUGCCAAGUUGGUACUUUCUUGCUGGACUCCCGAUCGACUUCGCAAAAUCCCUGGCGUCGUGGCUGUGGGCAUGGAAAGCGGAGCACUGAGGCUACACUCCCUAAAACAUGCCCAGCCCCUGGCGGAGUUGACCGGCCACGAAAAGAGCGUCACUGCCCUCGAGUCGCUCUUCUACCCCUCCAGGUGCGACUUGAGCGAGAUUGCUCUCGCCAUACACGGAGCCUCGAGCUCCUCCCCCGUUCCCUUCAGGAGCGCGCUCAACGUCUUCUCGGGCAGCGCCGACGAAACCGUCAGACACUGGAAAGAAGACAACAUCACCACCAUGGAACUCGCCGCGGAUUGGGCGGUAGAGUAUAAGGGCUGCGGGGAAGUGGCCAAGGACCCGGACUCCAUCCCGAAAUCAUUCAACUUCUCCUGCCAACACGUGUACCGACCCAACAUCGGGCCUGUCUCCUGUCUCAAACUGCACCCAAUAGGCUCACUAAUGGCCGCGGCGGGCACGGCCAACAUGUGGACGCUCUUGGACCUAGUCAAGGGAACCACCGCCAGUAACUUUGUGCUCACUGGCACCGCUCCAGAGGUCGUGUGCAGCCAAGUCACGUUCCAACCAGACGGAAACCUCGCCGUGGGCGCAGCUUCCGACAAGUCCAUCCCCAUCUGGGACGUACGCACUGCCAACCUUGAGUCGAAGCCCGUUUGCCCACAACUCGUCAGCUCAAUGUCCUUCUCCGAAAUCGGAUAUAUACUCGCCACUGGCUCGCACGCCGGAACCGUAGACAUCUGGGACCUGCGAAAAAUACAAGUCCUCUGCACUCUCGACCUCGGCGCGCCCGUACACAGCUGCCAAUUCGACUACUCUGGCAAACACCUCGCCGUCGCCACCUCCAAGGGCCUCUCCGUCGUCAGCGCCGUCCAGAAAAAGAAAUACGAAGUCGUCGCCAACUGGGAAUCCCCCUCCACCGCCCUCACUGCCCAGUUCGACUCCAGGUCCGACGACUUCAUUGUACAGCUCCAGGCAGACGGCGCCGUUUCCUAUCGCCACGCUUUUUAA